UGUCACAGAUUUGUAAAGUGUAGCGCCGCGAGACAGAGCCGUCUGCAGCGCACGCACCGAGAAGAUGGAGCUGUCGGCGGAAGGAGAGCGGGUUUUCGCCGCGGAAUCCAUCCUGAAAAGCCGCGUUAGGAAAGGUCGAAUCGAGUACCUGGUUAAAUGGAAAGGUUGGGCACUAAAACACAGCACAUGGGAACCAGAGGAGAACAUCUUGGAUGAUCGACUCAUCACCGCCUUUGAGCAAAAGGAGAGGGAGCAGGAACUUUAUGGCCCAAAGAAACGUGGACCUAAACCCAAAAACUUUGUACAAAAGGCACGGGCACAGGCGGGUGAUAGACCUCGGAGCUCAAAUACCCAACGCCCUCCACCUCGCACCACUGCGAAGCCUCCCGCCUCUUCCACUUCUGCAAGUGCAGCUCCUCCUCAACCUUCAUUAUCUUCUUCCUACAACACUGCUCCAACCCCCAGAGUGCACUCUCUCGCCGCUGCUCAUAAACUGAAGAAAGACAUCCAUCGUUGUCAUAGGAUGUCUCGGCGACCUUUGCCACGACCCGACCCCCUAGGCAACCCGAGGGGGUCCACAUCCUCAUGCCGUCCUCCCAUCUCUCCAUUCUCUGAAACUGUCCGCAUCCUCAACCGCAGGGUCAAACCACGGGAGGUUAAGCGAGGACGCAUAAUCUUGAACCUGAAGGUCAUUGACAAAUCCGAAAACAGUGGCGUAGCAAGUAGAAGGACACCGCAGUCGUUCACGGGGCGGGCAAAAAUCCCAUCCCGGAAUCGCAUCAUUGGGAAAAAGCAUGGGGACAUGCCUUACAGGCCUUUCCAGCAUCCUAUGAAGAUGUUAGGCUUCCCGAUGUAUGGCCAACCAUUUGGGCUUAACCCCUGUGGGUCAAUGUCCUCCAUGGCUAAUGAAGGAUCCAACACUGGAGUCAAUCAGAGAGGUGGAAGCUGCUGUGAUAGCCAUUCCUCUGCAAAUGUGCAGAAGUUUCAAUAUCAGCCUCCACCUUCUCCAUCCAGCUCCAGUGGGUCUAACAACAGCCCUCCUUCACCUCAGAAACAAGCGACUCAACCUGAAGCUCCAACUAAAUUGGACUCUGCAGCCUCAACAUGUUCCCGAGAUGCCUCCCAACCUCACCCAAAGUCCAGCUCUGCACCAUUCCUCCCUUCCUCACCCUCCUAUUCGUCCUCCCCGUCAUCCUCUCUUGAAGACGAAGACCAGGGCUCUCCGAAUCUCACCAUUUCUCGAGGUGGAAAGCGGAAACUUCGACAUCGAACCCAGGUGGGUCGAGCUUCGGUCUGUCAGGUUAGUGACCGCACUACUACCCCACUUCCUGAGGAAAACAGGGUGCCAAAAGAGGGGGAUCCCGAUUGGCACCCUGAAAUGGCACCCAGCUGUGCCAAUGUAGUCGUGACUGACGUCACUACAAACCUUCUCACAGUCACCAUCAAGGAAUUCUGCCAGUCAGGAGCUGAACCCUCCUCCCCUUGCCAAGCUGAGAAACCACCCUGUCCCACCACAGCUGCCUCUUGAAAGUUCCCCCUAAAUGUCUACAAUAAAAAUAUCUGCCCACUAAACCCUAUAAGAACUUGCCAAAAUGAUAUUCACGCACCCUAAAAUAGUUGCCGGUGAUGAAAUUAAAAUGUAUUUCUUGGGUGAAAUUAAGAUAUAUUGAAAUAAUAUAAAGGCAGAGGUGCUUUCCUUGACCUGUACUUUUAAAAACAAAGUGUUAUUAUGGUUUUGUAGUACUUCAUGCUUUUUUCCCCCUCUUUUUUCCCCAGUGAUCCUGUCUUUCCACAGCCUUUUCCCCCCUCCCCCCCAAGUAAUUGCACCUUGUCUUGUCACCUCCAGUCCUGUAGAGACCACCAUUUCCAUAUCUCCAGACCUAAAGCUCAGAAUCCACCCAAGAAAUGUUGAUCUCAACAGCUUUCUUGGACUCGAGAUGUUGCACCAAGACAUUUGUAAUCUUUUGAUGUCCAUUUUCAUCGGGAUGCUGAACACAUGAUGCUUUGGAAGUUUAGCCAGUGUGGGUGAAGAUCCGCUCACGCACUUGAUAGAUAAAACUUGAUGUGGCAAUAUGCCCAUUUAGGCAUCCAACCCAUGCAUUGAUCUCACCAACCUUCUCCCGUGCUAACGAAGAACUUUGCUGAUGAAGAACCCAAGUCAUUGUGAAGCUCGCUGUAUCACACGGGCGUAGACGUGACUCUAUUUAUAUGCACCAAGCUGCAAAAUUCUGAGGACCGUUAUUUCCUUCUGCUUGAACUCCGCUCUGAUCCAGUUGUCUGCUGAGACUCUAAACCGACUCAAGUGUGAAUGCUGAGGACUGCAUCUGUAGUAUGGUACUGUACGUUAAACCUUCCACAUCCUCAAUUACCCACUUAGAGAAGUACCUUCUCAUACUUGCCUUCUGACUACAAUAGCUUGUGUUUCAUGUUAUAGUUACUGUAUUUUUGGGGCUGUUUACCAGAGGUAGUUUCUCUCAGAACUUGAUUGGAGGAGUUCAAAAACCAUUUAGAGACUUUUACACUAAGUGGGUUUAAAAAAUACCAAAUAUAACAGAUUGCCUUGGUUGAUGAAACCCUCUUUCGCAUUCUGAAAUGACACAGUCCGGGACCACGUGUGUUAUGUUGGUGACUGCAUGUUGUUGGCCCUUGAGCUCGUCCUGUGUUGUCUGCAGGUCCAACUGGGCGCUGGCAUUGACAAUACAGACCUGGGAUAAAGCUAGCUUGGUUAGUUAGUAUAUGCUAGGGAUGUGUCAGUACUUAUAUUUUGGAACUGGUCCAAAUGGGUACUCAUAAAAUUGCUCUAUCUAUCUAUCUAUCUAUCUAUCUAUCUAUCUAUCUAUCUAUCUAUCUAUCUAUCUAUCUAUCUAUCUAUCUAUCUAUCUAUCUAUCUAUCUAU